GGAACUCAAGGCAUGCAAGUGGCUGUCUCUGUGUUUCAGUGUCCUUGUCUGAAAUUUGUAGAUGAUUCUUACAUCAUCUGCAGGAUUAGGGGAUACAAAGAUUAGGCUUUUCACUAAUGAGGUCUUUGUUUUUUACUCAACCCAGUCUGGGUCUAUUUUGAUAGCACGUUGAUGUUCCUUAGAAUGGAGCCGAUUCCAAAACUCCUAGUUGGACUUAUUCUGCUGACUUUAUGUGUGGUGGGCAGCUCCAGCCAACACUGGUCCUAUGGAUUGCGCCCUGGAGGAAAGAGAAAUGCUGAAAAUUUAAUUGAUUCUUUCCAAGAGAUAGCUAAAGAGGUUGAUCAACUAGCAGAACCUCAACGCUUCGAAUGCACCAUUCACCAGCUGUAUUCUCCCCUCAGGGACUUGAAACGAGCUCUGGAAAGUCUGAUCGAAGAGGAAACUGGGCAGAAGAAGAUUUAAAUCCAUGAGCCAGGAUUGGCAACAUUUAAUUCUGACAUUGAAAUUUGUACCCCAUUUAAUAUCUGUAAAUUGUAAGAAUUUCAGAAAUUCUCACACCAAGUGCACAUAUUUCAUAAUGAAGUGCUGUGUUGUGAAUAAAGUGGUUUAAGUGUUCAAUCUUCCUCUAUCUCAGAGCUCUGAUGGGAAAGAGACAUUGUAAGCCCACCAAAGGGAGCACUCCAGGUGGGUCUGCAGGCGACAGAUGGCAAGGGAGAUGAGAUGUGUCUAUUUUUGACCAAAGGUAUCUCAUGGUUCUCGUCCACUCUUGCCCUGCAUCUAUAAGGAAGAGAACAGCUAUAUAUUGGUCAAGGCCAAGAGAGUGGAUUUAGCCAGUUUCCUAUGGGAUUUUAACCGAAACUUUGACCCCACUCUGCAUAAAUAAGAUAGGGCUAUUGCCAAGGUUUCCUCUCACUGGGAAAGAAGUUCCCUCCCCAGGUUGUCUCCAAUCCCUUAGAAAAUCAACUGGAAUUUGAGUGAGGCCUAGGAGGAAGGAAGCCUCUCACAGCUCCUAGUCCUGGCCAUGGACUAUCCAAGUUCACCAGAACAAGUGGUACACACUGAGGGUUGGCACCAAGGCCUAAAAAUAAUGGAGUGUUUACUGCCUGAUCUUGAUGGUAUUUCCCUUGAGAAAUGCUAUGGCAGACAGAGUUAGUUGGAGACAGGAUUCAGGUGAUCCCAAAUUCCCUGGCCAAACAGCACUACCACUAUUUACUCUCCAUAAAGACCAGUGUCAAGCUUUGUGCUAGAUAUGUGCAUAAAUAUUCUCAUGAAUCCUCAUAACAACCUUUGAAAGGUAUUAUAGCCUUCACUUUAAAAUGAAGAAACUGGGGCUCAGAGAAUUUAAGAAACUCACUCAGUACCAUCUGUUUCCAUGUUCAGUGCUUUUACUUUGCACUAUGAGCAGCCAAUGGAAGCUGACUUUGGAAGACAAGUUAUUUUGUCCUUUGAAGCUGAAACAGGACACUGAGGCUCAUAUGUCAACACGGUUUUUCAGGUGACCAUUUCUCCAUGAGGUCACAGACAGUGUGGUACUAAUAUUUUCAUUUAUGCUUAUAACUUCCAAAUGAGUAUGAGAUGACCAUUUGAAAAGAAUCAAAUUUCAGAUAACUUGCCCCAUGUCACUGGUAGAGUGGUACUAUGGUACAGUGACGAACUGUGCCUAUACUUACACGGCAAAGACCAAGACCCUUUGUCCUCUUUCAAUGAAAUGGAACCUACUGCCCCCAACACCACCACCUCAAAAAAAAAGGCCAGGACUUGUGGUGACAAAUUUUUACAAUGGUCAGAAACACUCCGUGGGGUGGUGGCAGAGGGACUCCCCUUUUAAUACAAAUAUUUGCCAUUUGCACAAUGCUAUAUUUGCCAAACAUCUUUGAGGAAUUGCUAAAAGCGAAUCAAGGAACUUCCUGACUCCCACUUUAAUAAAAUUAGGCAGUUACGGGAUAAAAUGCAGACCUACGUUAUUUCAUUAAUCAAUACUUAGAAGGCAGGACGAGAGGCUUGCAUGUGCCAAAUCACUCAGAUUGACAAUCUUUACAUUAGUUAACACACUAAAAAAGAAAAUAGCACACCCAUUUAAUUUAUACUUCCCAUUUACAGUCCUUUGCCAAAAGCUUGUCUUCGGACAAUUUCUUUGGAGCCAGCUGUGGGCCCCCCGGAUGUGACACAAAGAUGCUCAUCCAGCUGCCUGAUGCUGGUGUUAGAGGCAUCCAGUGGUACGCAACUUAAGUGAGCAUGUUGGGUACUUGAUUCUCAAAUGGCCCAAAUGACGAAAGGGAAGAGUGAAAAUGGCCCCCUUUCCUUCUAGUACAGUAAUGGCUCCUUUAUUAAAAUUAUAAACUUUUUACUGCCUCUGAAGAACUCAUGCAUGUAGCUUCAAAAAAAGUCUGCAGCCUUUUGAAAUAAAGAAAAAGAAAAUGUCAAAUAUUGCGUUUAGUAAGUUCUCAUUUAUACAGCUUUAAAAUAUCCAGUAGCAAAAAGGAAUUAGAAUGGCUUGAAAAUAAAAUAGAUAAUUUUAGCAAAGGUUUCAGAAGUUGUAGUAGCCUAGAGACGACUAGGAAAAAAGCCAUUAACAUUGCUUUCGUUAAUAGCACAUGCAGAUCUUGACAGUGGAAUAUGUCCGUGUUUCUCAAAGGCAACUCUAGAUCAAAAAGAUUCUCUAGCCCUACUGAAUCAUAUUCUCUGGGGCCCAAGCAGCUUGCACUUUAAACAAGCAUCCCAGUGAUUCUUAUGUACAGACAGUGGAACAUUAUUGCUCUAAAAAGCAAAAGAUUGCAAAUGCUUUAAAGCACUGCAACACUUCUUAAAAAUCUUAAGCAUAAGCCCCGUACUUAAAACAGUGGAGCUACACUGACUGAACUGAGGCUGCUCCCUCUCUCCAACCUGA